AAAACGCUAGACGCAGAACGUUAGCUACGUCCUCGAUGUGCGUCACACAAAGCACAGACGGAAAGGAUGCAGCCAUGUUGAGCCAUCUCGUAAUAUCUAGCUUUUAAUAACGCCGUUAAUUCAGUACAAACGUGGACUUAUAUCGACAUCGGACGAACGGUAAACCAUACCAAAAUGUCUGCGGACGAUUUUCAGACGAAGUACUCCUCCGUCAUGGAGGGAAUGCUGAAGGGUGCAAUCGCAGAGACCACGAAACUUUUCGAAACUAUGGUCGACGAACUGAAGGCAGAAUUAUCUCAAAUCAAGAAGGAGAACGAGGAGCUUAAAACAAAAUGCAGCCAAUUCGAGAAUGUGAGAAACCAACUCACUGUUGACACCAGAGAAAGUGAGCCUCCUCCAGGGCCAAGCGACGGCUCAGAGAAACGUGACCGAGCGGUUCAAUGUGACCUGGCUCCUGUCCGCACGGUGCUGGUGGAGCAAUGUCAACCAUUGAGACACUCAUCGUUGCAAAAUCAAGAGCAACAAUGCCGUCAUGAGGAGAUAGAGUACUACAGUUUGCAGGACCAUAACUACGGUGAACCGAAUACUCAAAGGCCCUUUAUACUUCUUAAACAAGAAGUGUGUGUUAAACAAGAGCAAACUUAUGAUGAUUCUCCUGUGCAGUCUCUCCUGGUGCAGGAGAAAGUUGAGCCCCCUGAUAAAGCAGGUUCACCAUGGGCCUCUGCUUGUGGAGAUGAGAAUGAAGGGCCUCACAUUAAGGACGUCUGUUCAAUUGGAGAAAUACCCUUACGUCUAAAAUAUGAAGAGGACCAAAUGGCCCUCGAACUACCCUCUUUGGAAAUGGAUAGCGAAGGAGCCCAGAGCCAACCGCCUGGAUUAGAACAUUCACUAGUAAUCUCACUCGCUGCAAUAAAAGACAAUAUGGAAGAAGAGUCUCAAGGCAGUCAUAAGAUAUCAGAAACACAUGAAGAACCUGUUCCAUUGGAAAAACACCCAUUGGAGGUUGCUCAGCAUCAACUAGAGGUUGAACACCGUGAAAAAGAGCAACAAUCGGUGGUCCCCCAAAUUUGUCAAAGAACAAAAGACAGUACAUCAGUUAAUAAACAGUCUGAUGUUUCUCUGCAACGGUAUGCAGACGUCCAAUCUACAAACAAACGGUGGGCACAACCUACACCACUCCAAAAAGGAGAAGCAUUUGGACAAUUAAAUAGUGGUGUGGCAGUUGGUAAGUCAAGUCAACAGCCUGACUUGCUAGUACGACGAAGAAGAGGGCGGCCACCAAAGAAAGCUGAACGUCUGAAUCAGCCAGUGAAAGAACUUGGUUCUCAACCUGUUUCACUAGAAUCGUCAAGUAGAAGAAGUUAUUUAAGUAGAAGAUGUUCCUCUGCAAAGGAAAAACCAUCAGAAUCUCAGCAGCCCUCCAUGGAAAUCAAAGAACAGGCCGUUCAGGCUCCAUCCACUAAAGUUUCAUCAGUAAAUAAAACACGAAACACUGUUCAGCCCACUGGACGCUGCAGCUCUGUAACUCUUCAGGAUGCAAUGCUAUUAGUUGAAGCCAUGAAUCAGUCAACGGUAGAAAAUACAUUCUCUUCUUCACAAAUAAUGGCAGCCCCACCACAAACCCAGUGUGCCCCCAGAAUUAGUACCUUAAAAACUGUGGAUGAGGUGCCAGCUGAGCCACAGAAACCGCCACUACCUCAUGAAACUCAUAAAGUAGCAGGCAAUCUGCCAAUAACAGAGGUGUCCACAACAACAGUAGAUGAGGUCCUGGCUGAGCCAGAGACACCGCCAUGUCCUGUUGAAACUCAUGAAGCUGCAGGGAAUUUGGCCGUAACAGAGGUUUCCACUAAAACGCAAUCGACAAUAAAGAAACUUGGUGUUGCUACUGCAGAUGCUACUCUAACCAAUAAAGCUCAGGCCCACAUCAAGGCUGUCAUACUAAACCAAAAGCAUAUGGUCACGUCAUCCAAUACUACUAAAUCUUCAAUGCCCUCACCAACUGCUGCUGUUCAUACAUGCACGCAGUUACAUCAGCAGCACCCUCCCCAUCCUCUGAUAACAUCGCUAGCAGCCAGCAAACCGGGUAAGGCAGUUCCUCGUAAAAUAACUCCCAAGCCAAAAUCAGUAUCCUCAUUAAUGCCUCACAAAAUAGCAAAACUGUUUCCAAACCAACUUCCUAUUGUUGUGUCAACCGUUGUUGGUGCCCGGAGAAGAACUUCCCUUCCACACUCUCCAACUGCAGGUCUGCCUCUUGGAACACUUUCCCUAGCUUCCGAUCCUCAGAAAACAACACACCCUAUGUCCAGUAAAAUGCUUGCUGUUGUCCCUUCACAGUCGAUCGCCACCUCUACAGACCCACAAUCAGGACCUUUACCACACUCAAAAAUAACAAUUGUAAUUCCGAGACAGAUGUCAGCUUUGGAGUCAAAGAAACGCCAGUCACAGAGCACUGUUCCAACUGCCAAGCAGGACUCAGACAAAUCAUCUGCUCCUGUUACAGUGUCAUUGUCGCAUUUGUCACCUCCUUCAUCGCAGGAGUUGAGCAUUUCUAUGGAGACACAAAACGCUUCAGAUAAAGUGGGCGGUAAACUGGACGGAAUACUCAACUUAGAAUCUCCCAAACCAAUCAACGCUGGUUCUGAAACAAUAAAUGAAUGCACAGAAAUCUGUUAUAGUUUAAACAAGUCAGUAGGGCUAGUGUCAACCUUGCCGUUUACUGCGGAACCCAAAACCUUUGAGAAAAAGCUCACUGCCGUUGUCAGAUUAACCAGGCUCCCAUUUCCAGUAUCAACCAAAGAAACAGUUUUAGUGUCAAGACUGCUUACGGAUGGGUCUUCUAAAACUCAAAGCAUUUUCAAAAGAGAUACCACACAAAAGAAACCAUCAUCUGCGGUCAUAUCAACACAGUCACCCAAGGCACUUGUGUUAUCCACUGAUAUUUGUCCCAUUGUAAAAGAAACGUCCGUUCCUCUGUCUGCAAAUACCUCUGAUAUGUCAGAGAAGCCAAAUGAUGUACAAAAGAUGGCAUCAAUAUCCUCAAAUACCACCAUUUUAAAAGAGUCAUCCAACAGUUCAUAUGUGCCGCCCUCUACAACAUCCAUGGUGAGGAACAACUCAACUCCAGCUGGAUCUGUUGCAUCUGAACCUACUUUUAAUAUUGAUGAGGAAAUAUUCGAAGAUUGUGCGUUACCUACUGACCCAACUAUAGAUGAGAAACAAUCAUCUCCAGUUAUACGUCUUACCUCCAUCACCAUCAAGAAAAAACUUGAGCCUCAAUUAAAAAUGACUCAAGCCCAGUUUCUGGCACAGCUGAGAGUGUCACCUGUUACGCAAGAACCGAAACAGGCCUCCGCUGAUGACAAUGUAGAUCCCACCAGCUCCAGUGACAACAAAAGGCUACAAAGAAAAGGCAUUGUUGCCAAACUCCGAAGUCAUUUCAAACUUCACUUGCAAGCAAGAAGACCAACAACAAAUCCAGAACUUAACGAAGAAAUGGAGAUCCAAACUGUAAACGACAAGAAACCUAGAUUGAAGAAAGACAGUCUAAGAAACUCUGGGGCAGAAAAGACAACUAAUGAUUCCACUUCUAUUAGUCCCAGGAGAUCUGGACUAUGUAGAGCAGGUGUUGGACCCAAGAGGACUGGUAGGGAACCAAUUUAUGUCAGUUCUAGGAAGUUUAAGGCUACUAGAAAACCCACUCGUGUAAGUCCCAGGAGGUCUAGUCCAGGUAGAAAUUGUCCAGGCUCCAAAACGGAAAAAUUCACUUUGAGUUCUAGAAGGUCUAGCUCAAUUGAAAAAAGUGCCAACUCUAAAAUCACAAAGUCCUCUUUAUUGAGACCUAGGAGAUCUAGCUUAAUUCAAGAAAGUGCUAGCUCUAAAAUCACCAAAUCCACUUUAGUGAGUCCAAGAAGGUCUAGCUCAAACAAAGAAAGUCCUAGUUCUGAAAAGACAAAAUCCACUGGCAUGAGUCAUAGAAGGUCUAGCGCAAUAAAAAGUCCCAACUCUAAAUGUACUAGUCCUAUAAACCCCAAAUCAAGUUUAGUGAGUCCUAGAAGGUCUAGCUCAAUUAAAGAAAAACCUAGCUCUAAAAAGACAAAAUCCACUUCGGUGAGUCCUAGGAGGUCUAGCUCAAUUAAAGAAAAAGCUGGCUCUGAGAAGACAAAAUCCACUACAGUGAGUCCUCGGAGGUCUGGCUCAAUUAAAGAUAAAGCUAGCUCUGAGAAAGCAAAAUCCACUUCAGUGAGUCCUCGGAGGUCUGGCUCAAUUAAAGAGAAAGCUAGCUCUGAGAAAGCAAAAUCCACUUUGGUGAAUCUCAAAAGAUCUAGCUCAAUUAACGAAAGUCCCAAUUCUACAAUGGCUAGCCCUAUAAAGACUAAAUUCACUUUGGUGAGUCAUAGGAGGUCAAGCUCAUCCAUAGAAAGUGCUAAUUCAAAAAAGACAGUGUUGACUCCUGUAAGUCCUAGGUCAAGCUUAAUUCAAGAAAACGCUAGCUCUAAAAACACCAAACCCACUUCAGUGAGUCCUAGGAUGUCUAGGUCAAUCGAGGAAAGUGCUAAAACUACUUACGUGAUCCCUAUGAGGUGUGAAAUUCCUACUACCCCUAAAUUGCCUACCAAGGAAACAAAUUUGUUCUGCCGUAGGAAGUGUACCCUCACUAAAGAUGGUUCUAGCAGUCAACAGGACAAAAGGGAAGCUAAUUCUCUCAGUCCUAGCUAUAGCAUGACUAUAGAUGAUGCUAGUACCAAAAACAAGACAAGUGAUACUGGUUCCCCAAGUGUUGGGUGGCCUAAACUGGCGACAGAUGGUUUCAGUCCUGGUAGAACAGGGGAAUCCACUCCUCCUAAGAAACCCAGAUUAAUUCAAGAUGGUCCUGUUCCUCAAAAGAAUUUAAGAGUGGCAAAUGCUAAGAAGUUGGCUAAAGCAGCAAAAGCCAAAACAAUAGCAAAAAUGAAAAAUGCUAGUCAAUCGCAAUUGCAGAAUGUAGCUAAAACAAACCAGUUAGCAGAGAGCCGGGCUUCCUGCGAGACCGUGAAAAAAAUUAGAGUUACAGCUGUGUGGACUCCUCCUCUAAUGACAUCUGUCAUGAACACGCCUCCAAAAGGAAAGGAGAGAGAGCCAGGAUCCAAGAAUCAGACAAUAGUUUCCCCCCCAAGUGUUCCUCGCUUCUCCAUACCUGUCAGAGCAGCACCUUUUGUAUCACCGUUACAGCCUUUAUCAGUCAUUGGUAGGCGUCUGCUCAAGAACCAGUGUGGGGAGUGCGGACGUGUCCUCAGCAGCAUUGCAGCCCUGGAAAGCCACGUCAGUCUCCACAAAGGUCGCCGGCCCUUCUCAUGCACGCUCUGCGGGAAGAACUUCCCAGACUCCAAAUGUCUUAAACGGCACGGUCGGGUGCACCGCAAUGGGAGGAUACAUAUCUGUCAGAAGUGCGGGAAGGGCUUUGUAUAUAGUUUUGGCCUCACCAAACACCUCCAGAUGGUGCACACAAGGAUUAAACCUUUCAUCUGCCAGGUCUGCAACAAGGGUUUCCUCACAAAACGAGACGUGGAAGCCCACAUACGGAUACACACUGGAGAGAAACCCUUCCAUUGCGACCUCUGUGGAAGGACAUUUACAAGGAAGGUAGAACUCAAUGUGCAUUUAAGGUGGCAUAAUGGAGAGAAGAGGCAUUGGUGCCCAUACUGUGGGAAAGGAUUUUUAGACUUUAAUAACCUGAAAAGACACAAAUACAUCCACACAGGGGAGAGACCACAUGCCUGCCCUCACUGCCCCAAGCACUUCACGCAGUCAGGCCAUGUAAAAAAGCAUGUUAAAAAUGUACAUAAAAUCCAAUGAGAGAUGGACAUUCAAGAUGCCUCCUUGCUCCACUGAAAAUGUUAAUAACUUUUUAUAUUGACAAAUACAAAUCUGAAUGAUGUUAGAGAACUUGGUGUGAAAGGGAUCAGAUCAGUUUUAUUCUUUUAGUGCAAUGGGUUUGUAGGACUGUGUGUGUGUGUGUGUGUGUGUGUGUGUGUGUGUGUGUGUGGCAAGGAGGGGAUUGGCUAAGCGUAAGACGUGAAUGCACCACAUCGAAAGCGUUUGAAUUGUAAACACCGUACAGAUUAAACAAAUAAGAUAGGACAUGUUAAUUAAAGAACUUUAAGAUUAACGUUCUCAGGCUCCAGCUCCAUCUUUUAUGCACAGCUGUGUGAGUGGUAACUCUGCAAAUAAGCGCAUUUCCCAAAAUGUUAAACCUUUUUAUAGUUCAGAAGCCUUUUCUUUAGAGCACUAUGUGCUCUUCACAGGAUCGCGAAAAGAUGAGCAUGCAGGAUGUGUUCUGACAGUGUCUUCAACCUUGGUUGGUUUCUAAGACGACAUGCAUGUAAAAGUGGCAUUGUGCUUAUUUUAAUUCUGUUUCGGAUUGGUUAGAUCACCUGUGAACAAAUAUUAAAACAUGGUGUAUGUUUUGAAGGAUUAUGAAACAAAUAAGAUACAAUGAUGAAUGCAGUUUAUUUGAACAAGUUUUGUUGUGUACACAGCCCCAGUUGGUGUAGGUAUUGAAAUGUUAUUAAAAUUGCAAAAGUAAAUUAACAUUAACCUCAAGUAGCCUUUAUAAUGUACAUGAAUAUUCCAAAUCUAGACAUAGAAAACCUCAUGUAAAA